AUGGCACGAAGUCGCCGCGGCAUACUACUGCAGACAGCGCUGUGCCUGACUGCCUGGGAAUGCUUGCGCACGGCGUUCAUCAGGUUGCCGGGACCCCGGCGCUCAGCACUCACAGCUUCACACGCUGCCGUGCGGACCAUGCCGAAGUCUUUUUUCGACGCGGACAACGUGACCAAGCGAGACAUGGUUGGCUUAUCAGAGUCGGCGCGUCGAGCGGUUCAAGCUACCGAAGUGGAGCAAGCUUCGAAGUUGGAGAUGUCAGACAUCUACUGUGCGCCCUCCACAGUCCAUGGCUGGGGUGUUUUUGCAGGGCGUGACUUCCGCAGAGGCGAGAUUCUGCACGAGUCACCGGGGCGGUUGAUUGAGGGGCUACCCGAGUGCAUUACGGACGACGUCUUCGCAACCACGCAAGUCCUUUGGGAGAGCGAGGCAAAGAACUACUCGGUCUUGGGCCUGGGCUUCGCGUCGUUGCACAACCAUGCAGAGGAUCCAAACACCGAGUUUUCAUGGGAACAGCGCCGAGAGCACGGUCGCAGACUCGUCGGCCGCUUCUACACCCUCAGGCCCGUCAACAAGGACGAGGAGCUUUUCAUCUCCUACGGGCCAAAGUGGUUCGAGUCGAGGAGUCUUGUGCUUGAGCUGACUUUGUGCAUGGGCGGCUUAUGGCUGCAGUGCUACAAGUACUUGUAG